UCAGUCUCUGCGUGGUUCUAAUCAAUUGCACAACCACCCAAGUGAUUACAUGUUUGAUUUCUCCAUUUUCUAUUCCAAUUGCUGGCGCUCGUGAUGGGAAAUAAGGCCACUGAAGAAAUCAUCUCGACUGUUCGGUCCAUCGUCGGCGGCGAAUUUGCCGACAUGGACAUAAUUCGAGCCCUCCACUUGGCCAACAAUGACCCAACCGCCGCGAUUAAUAUCAUCUUUGACACGCCAAAGAGCUUCCGGAAGCCUGAUUUCCCCAAGAAGUCCGAGAGCACUCUUAAUUCGGAGCCUCCGGUUGUUGUCGACUCUAUUGUAAAGCAGAAUGUUAGUCGGUUAGAUCAUUCUGAUUCUGCUGCGAGACCGGACGUGAAUUUAAAGAGUAUAAGUGGAAGCAACCAGUGUGGGGGGGAUGGUUGUACUGAUAGCGCAAAGUUAGAAGAAAGGGGGAGUGAGUGGUGGUUUGUUGGAAGCGCUGAGGUCACUGGGUUGUCCACUUGUAAAGGGAGGGCCUUGAAGCCUGGCGACGAGGUGAAUUUUACAUUCCCUGCUCAGAAAAAAUUGAUAACGCCCUCACCUGGGAAGAUUGGGGGUGGGCGAGGCCGCCAGGUGGCCACGUGCUCUGAGAUUAUAAGGUUUUCUACCAGCGCCUGUGGAGAGAUUGGUCGUAUUCCAAAUGAAUGGGGCCGGUGUCUUUUACCUCUUGUAAGGGAUAAGAAGGUUUGCGUUAAGGGAUGUUGCAAGUCUGCUCCUCCUGUGCUGGGAAUCAUGGAUUCUGUUGUUUUGUCGAUUAGCAUUUACGUAAACAGUUCCAUGUUCCAAAAGAGCCAACAUAUGUCACUUAAGGUAGCCAGUAAUUCAGCUGAUGAAUCAAUUCUUCACCCCCUGCCAACUUUGUUUAAAUUGUUGGGACUUAUUCCUUUCAAGAAGGCAGAAUUUACUCCUGGCGAUCUGUAUACAAGGAAGAGGCCUUUAGAUUCUGAGGAAAGCUCUAUUUUACCUCCGUCAAUCUCACAUAUAAAUAAAUUCAAGAGUGCAUCUUCUGGCAACGAAAAUAAUGAUGAAAAUGAAGAAUCGGUUUCUGAGAAUGACCUUGACAAUAUUGUAGGUGUAACUGACAGCUCUGAAAUAGAGGAAAUGGAGCCUCCUAGUACUCUACUAUGUGAGCUUCGCCCUUACCAGAAGCAGGCUCUCAGCUGGAUGAUCCAACUUGAGAGGGGACACCGUGGGGAUGAGGCUGCAACAACUAUGCACCCAUGUUGGGAUGCUUAUCAACUUGCUGACAAGAGGGGUUUGGUCAUAUACAUAAAUGCCUUUUCAGGUGAUGCAACGGUUGAAUUCCCUAGCACGCUUCAAAUGGCUAGAGGAGGAAUUUUGGCAGAUUCUAUGGGACUUGGGAAGACUAUAAUGACUCUAUCUCUCCUUCUCACAAAUUCCGAAAGAGAUGGGUCUCUGAGUUGUUCAUCUACCAGUCAGUCUCCCAAUGGCAAUUGUGAAGCAAACUUGAGUUCUGAUAAAUCACCAGUACCUCAGAAAAAAUCUUCAAAAUUUACUGGUUUUGAGAAGCUUAUGAAGAAAAGAGCCCCGCUUGUUGGUGGUGGCAAUCUCAUUAUAUGCCCAAUGACACUUAUUGGCCAGUGGAAGACAGAAAUUGAAACUCAUGCGCAGCCUGGGACUUUGUCACUAUAUGUUCAUUAUGGGCAAAGUAGAUCAAAGGAUGCAAAAGUUCUUGCACAAAGUGAUGUUGUAUUAACUACAUACGGAGUGCUGGCUUCUGAGUUUUCAGUAGAGGGUGCUGAAGAGAAUGGAGGAUUAUAUUCAGUUCGAUGGUUCAGAGUGGUGCUUGAUGAGGCGCAUACUAUAAAAUCACCCAAAAGCCAAAUUUCAAUUGCUGCUGCUGCCCUUGCUGCCGAUCGUAGAUGGUGUCUAACUGGAACACCUAUCCAGAACAGCUUGGAGGAUGUCUAUAGUCUACUUCGAUUUUUGAAGAUUGAACCAUGGGGAAGCUGGGCUUGGUGGAAUAAGCUUGUGCAGAAACCUUUUGAGGCGGGUGAUGGGAGGGGAUUAAAGUUGGUUCAAUCUAUCCUAAAGCCAAUUAUGCUAAGAAGAACCAAGUCUAGCACAGAUAGAGAAGGCAGGCCAAUUUUAGUUUUGCCGCCUGCGGAUAUUCAAGUAGUAUAUUGCAAUCUGACUGAAGCUGAAAAAGAUUUUUAUGAAGCAUUGUUUAAAAAAUCAAAGGUAAAGUUUAACCAAUUUGUGGAGCAAGGCCGGGUUCUUCACAACUAUGCUUCUAUACUGGAAUUGCUUUUACGUCUUCGUCAAUGCUGUGAUCAUCCAUUCCUUGUCAUGAGGCUUAUGCCACCUGCUUCUGGAGGAUUUGUUUAUGUUAUCCAUAGGAGUAAUAUUACAUUCCUUCGACUAGAUGGAACCCUGAACCAACAACAGCGAGAAAAAGUAAUAAAACAGUUUUCUGAGGAUGUUAACAUUAAGGUGUUACUCAUGUCACUGAAGGCUGGUGGAGUCGGAAUUAAUCUCACUGCAGCAUCUAAUGCAUUCGUCAUGGAUCCAUGGUGGAAUCCAGCAGUUGAAGAACAAGCAGUCAUGCGGAUUCAUCGCAUUGGACAAACUAAUAAAGUCGUAAUCAAACGAUUUAUUGUGAAGGAUAGUGUUGAGGAGAGAAUGGAAGCAGUGCAGGCUAGGAAGCAGAGAAUGAUAUCUGGUGCUCUAACUGACCAAGAAGUGCGAACUGCACGAAUAGAGGAACUAAAAAUGCUCUUCACUUAGACGAGCUUUUGAAUGAUGCAUCUAACAGUGUCAAUUUCCCAAGGAACCUCUCCUGCGGAUUCCCCAUUAUAUGACUGGAUUCUGAUUCAUUAUGGUAUAAUAUUACGAGCAAUAUCAUGUUCCCUCGGAAGACCUUUGGGGUUCAUUGGAAGCUAGUGAGAAGUUGAAGCAUGUGGAAUAAUUGUUCCAAUCUUUGGUGGAGUUGUUACAAAAUGGCUUAUGCUCUCUGAAGAACAAUCAAACAAUCACUGCUUUCAGUGAGGAGCUCCAAAGGUGAAGAUUUGUCAUCAUAAAACAGGUGAAUAUUCAAUUAUUCAAUGGAGCAGGAGAAAGUUAUGUUGUGAAGCAUUUACAUAUAACCCUCUUUCAUUGAUAGUUAUAUGAUGGAGUAACGUCGCAUGUUGUAUUUAUCUUGAACAUAGUAGAUGGUAUAAUGGUAGAGUACUUCAUGUAAGUUAAUUAAAGAAACGGUAUAACGAAGAAAUAGGUGCUAAAGUGCGCUUUGUUGAAUUUCUGGAUUGUGGAAAUUGAUGGCAAUUUUAACACAAGGGAAAUCCGCCAUUGUAUCA